AUGUAUACAUGGGAACAACACCAUCUCCAUACAUUAAAAAUUGAUACAUUCAUUCUUAAUGGAUUUUUUUCGCCCGACUCCGUGAUAACUGUGAAUCAUGCGGUUUUCACCAGCUGUUAUACGACUUCGGAGGAACCGAAGGAUGUUGGGCUGGUGCCUGUACCCAACGAGCUCUUGGUCUGCAGAACGUGUAACGCGACGGGACACAAUUGCGGAAUUGCUGAGGGGAGUAAAGCAGGUCCGGGAAUCGACGGUGCCGAUUUUGUCUUCUAUGUAUCUGCUAUGCAGACUGAGAGAUGUCACAAGGGCUUAACAGUAGCCUAUGCUGCUCAUUGUCAACAGGAAGCUGCUUUAGACCGGCCGAUAGCUGGCCAUGCCAACCUAUGCCCAGGAAGCAUCAGCACGAAACCGCAGGAGUUGGAAACGUUGCUCAGCACUGUUAAACACGAGAUCCUGCACGCUUUAGGAUUUUCUGUGAGCUUAUACGCUUUCUACAGGGACGAGAAUGGCGAGCCCAGGACACCCAGAAGAAGCGAUACCGGAAAACCACCCCUUAAUGAAAAGUUACAAACGCACCAAUGGAGCGAGAACACGAUCAAAACUGUGGUCAGACCUCGCUGGCAAGUACACGGUGGUAAUGUGGAGAGGACCAUGCAAAUGAUAGUCACGCCUCGCGUCCGCGCUGAGGUUCAAGCGCACUUCAAUUGUCCGGAACUUGAGGGCGCGGAACUGGAGGACCAAGGCGAGGACGGCACGGCUCUCACACAUUGGGAGAAGCGGGUGUUUGAGAACGAAGCGAUGACGGGCACACACACGCAAAAUCCAGUAUAUUCGAGAAUAACGCUCGCUCUUAUGGAAGAUACUGGUUGGUAUAGUGCCAACUAUUCGAUGGCGCAAGAGCUAGGAUGGGGGAGAAAUCUAGGAUGCAACUUUGCUAUGAGAUCCUGUAAGGAAUGGAUAUCUUCCAAAUCAUCCCCGCUAUCGGGAAAGUCGAUACAUCCUUUUUGCAACAAAGUGAAACAGGAUCCGUUGCAAACCGAAUGUACGGACGAUCGAAGUUCAGUGGCCUUGUGUAAUCUAGUAAAACACCCGCAACCGCUGCCCAAGAAAUAUCAAAACUUCGAUAAAAUACCUCACGUACCAACGGGAGAGGAACAAUACUACGGCGGUUCGGUAUCUCUGGCAGAUUACUGUCCUUAUAUACAGGAAUUCACGUGGAGAGCAAAGAAUAUAGUAGUCAGGGGUUCUCACUGUCUUUACGAGGAGAAUAAUCCGCAUCCGGACAAGAAUUUCGCAUUAGAGAAGUACGGCCCUCAUUCGAGAUGUUUCGAUCAUACUAAUGAUAUGUGGGAAGAGAGAACUUGCAAACAAGCGCGACAAUGGCAGCAUUGGGGCUCCGGUUGUUACUUGUAUAAGUGCGAGGUCGGCAGACUGCACAUUAUGCAAGAAUGUAAUUGUCAUGAAUAG